AUGUUAGAUGCUUUGGUGAUGGAUCGAGUGGAUUUUGUGAAGCUCCUAAUAGAAUAUGGAGUGAACCUCCAUCGCUUUCUUACCAUCCCCCGACUGGAAGAGCUCUAUAAUACAGUGAAAGCAAGGACCCACCAAUAUGCUCUUGCAUCAUCUCGUCCGAGAUGUAAAGCAGGCUACAGAAUAACACUGAUCGACAUUGGAUUGGUCAUCGAAUACCUCAUUGGUGGAGCUUAUCGCAGCAGCUACACUAGAAAAAGUUUCAGAGCCCUCUACAACAACCUCUACAGAAAACGUAAGGUGCCACAAUUGCAAGUGACCAGUUUUGCUGAAAGCCGUUCCCAGCCCCCUCUGCACCGAAGACGUCCCUCAGGAAAUAGAAAGGAAUCCGCAGAAAGCACUCUGCACUCCCAGUUCAUUAGAACCGCCCAGCCUUACAAAUUCAAGGAAAAGUCUGUAGUCCUUCAUAAAUCAAGGAAGAAGUCAAAAGAAGAGCAAAAUAUAUCAGAUGACCCUGAGUCUACUGGCUUUAUUUACCCUUACAAUGACCUACUGGUUUGGGCUGUGCUAAUGAAAAGACAGAAGAUGGCCAUGUUCUUCUGGCAGCACGGAGAGGAGGCCACGGUCAAGGCAGUGAUUGCUUGUAAACUCUACCGAGCCAUGGCCCAUGAAGCUAAGGAGAGCAACAUGGUGGAUGAUGCCUCAGAAGAGUUGAAAAAUUACUCAAAACAGUUUGGCCAGCUUGCCCUGGAUGUGUUGGAGAAGGCAUUCAAGCAGAAUGAAAGAAUGGCCAUGAAACUGCUGACCUGCGAACUCAAGAACUGGAGCGAUUCCACCUGUCUGAAGCUGGCCGUGUCUGGAAGGUUGCGGCCCUUCGUUUCACAUACUUGCACCCAGAUGCUGCUGACAGACAUGUGGACUGGGCGCCUGAAAAUGAGGAAACAUGCUUGGCUAAAGAUCAUCAUAAGUAUUCUUUUUCCACCCACCAUUUUGUCAUUGGAAUUUAAAAGCAAAGCAGAGAUGUCACAUGUUCCCCAAUCCCAGGACUUCCAGUUUGCGUGGUAUUAUGGUGACCAGAACGCCAGCAAUGCCAAAGAAAGUGCUUAUACGAAAGACCGUGAUUUGGAGAGAGGCCCUGAUGAGAAACUAGAUGAAAAUCAGCACUUUGAUUUAAAGAGUGGUCCCCAAAGCCUCCCGUGGACCAGGAAAAUCUAUGAGUUCUACAAUGCUCCAAUUGUCAAGUUUUGGUUUUAUACGAUGGCAUAUUUGGCAUUCCUCAUGCUGUUCACUUACACUGUGUUGGUGGAGAUGCAGCCCCAGCCCAGCGUGCAAGAGUGGCUUGUUAUCAUUUAUAUCUUCACCAAUGCCAUUGAGAAGGUCAGGGAGGUCUGUAUUUCAGAACCUGGGAAGUUUACUCAAAAGGUGAAGGUGUGGAUUAGUGAGUACUGGAACCUAAUAGAAACUGUGGCUAUUGGCCUGUUUUCAGUUGGUUUUGGCCUUCGGUGGGGCGACCCUCCUUUGCACACAGCGGGAAGACUCAUCUACUGCAUAGACAUCAUAUUCUGGUUCUCACGGCUCCUGGACUUCUUUGCCGUGAAUCAACACGUAGGUCCAUAUGUGACCAUGAUUGCAAAAAUGACCGCAAACAUGUUCUACAUUGUGAUCAUGAUGGCCAUCGUCCUGCUGAGCUUUGGAGUGGCACGCAAGGCCAUUCUUUCACCAAAGCAACUGCCAUCUUGGAGCCUUGCUCGAGAUAUUGUAUUUGAGCCAUACUGGAUGAUAUAUGGUGAAGUCUAUGCUUCAGAUAUAGAUGUUUGUGCAAGCCAUCCGUCUUGCCCUCCUGGUUCUUUUCUUACUCCGUUCCUCCAAGCUGUCUACCUCUUCGUGCAGUAUAUCAUCAUGGUGAACCUGUUGAUUGCUUUUUUCAAUAAUGUUUACGUGGAUAUGAAAUCCAUUUCCAAUAAACUAUGGAAGUACAAUCGCUAUCGCUACAUCAUGACUUAUCACAAGAAGCCUUGGCUGCCACCACCUUUCAUCCUGCUGAGCCAUGUGGGACUCCUCCUUCGCCGUCUUUGCCAUCAUCGAGCUCCAAAUGACCAAGACGAGGGUGAUGUUGGAUUAAAACUCUACCUGAGUGAGGAGGAUCUGAAGAGACUUCAUGACUUUGAAGAACAGUGUGUGGAAAUAUACUUCCACGAAAAGAUGGAAAGACUGAAUUACAGCUGUGAGGAACGAAUCCGAGUAACCUCAGAAAGGGUUACAGAGAUGUACUUCCAGCUGAAAGAAAUGAACGAAAAAGUGUCUUUUAUAAAGGACUCCUUACUGUCCUUGGACAGCCAAGUGGGGCACCUGCAGGACCUCUCUGCCCUAACGGUGGAUACCCUAAAAGUCCUUUCUGCUGUUGACACCUUACAAGAGGAUGAGGCUCUCCUGGCCAACAGAAAGCAUUCUACUUGCAGAAAACUUCCCCACAGCUGGAGCAAUGUCAUCUGUGCAGGGGUUCUAGGCAGCAUGGAGAUCUCUGGGGAGAAGAAAUAUCAGUAUUAUAGCAUGCCUCCUUCUUUGCUGCGGAGCCUGGCCAGAGGUCAGCACACCCUAAGAGUACAGAGGGGACCCCUUCUUGAGAUUACAGACAUUCAGAGAAAGGCUUCAAAUGUAAGAGAUGAGCAGGAAAAGCAAGACACAGAAACUAGUGUAGUUGCUUCUGGAGUGUCCCUUUACACACAAACACACCCAAAGCAUGGCCAGUUUCUUCUGGUCCCCUCUUAUCUAAAGCAAGUUCCUUUUUCUGAGGAAAUUGACUUGCCCCUGUUCAGACCAUCUAUGGAAGCAGGUAUAGAUGUGAUGGCAACUGAACAGGUCGCCCAGAAUGAGGUCCCUGUUCAUCUGACUUGGCAGACCCCAGGUAUCUCAGCUCAGGGCUCAGUGGCUGAACCCAAGGAACAGUACGAGUCAAUUGCUCACACACCAGCCAGAGAAGACAAGGGGGAGCAAGUUCUACCCACUUUGAUUUGCACACCAGCACCCACGCAAGUGACCUCCCUCCCUUCUCAAGCCGAAAGCAUGCAAGUUGGAGGUGGAUAUGUGAACUGGGCAUUUUCAGAAGGUGAUGAAACUGGUGUGUUUAGCAUCAAGAAAAAAUGGCAAACCUGCUUGGCCUCCACUUGUAGCGGUGAGGAGAAUGACCAAUGCCAGAAGCAGAUCCGGGUCAGAUCCCUGUCUGAUAACUCAUCAAGCUUGGCCCAGAGUAGCGAUUGCUCAGAAGUGGGACCAUGGCUGCCGCCAAACACAUCCUUUUGGAUCAAUCCUUUCCGCAGAGAUAGGCCCUUCACUCGGAGUCAUAGUUUGAGAUUCCACAAGGAGGAGAAACUGAAGAUCUGUAGGAUUAAAAAUCUUUCAAGAUCCUCAGAGAUCAGGCAGUCAGCAUGGAUCAGGACAAAAAUGCUAAUCAAGGAUAGGAGGUUGUCAAAGAAAAAGAAGAAAACACAAGGGCUACAGGUGCCAGUCAUAAUGGUCGAUACCUGCUCCCCAAACGACCAGUUGAAUUCCGAGCCAGGAGAAAGUAACGUCUCAGAAGAAGAGGAGUGCGGCAAGAACUGGCUUACGGUGUCCAAAUAUAGUCAGAUAAGUCUAGAACCCCCUAUAUAUCAGAAAAUGAAAACUAAAGAAAUUGAACGGCAUGCUGUACAAAUCAGUGAUUAUCUAAAGCAGUCUCAAGAGGAUCUGAGCAAAAACUCCUUGUGGAACUCCAGGAGCACCAGCUUCAAUAGGAAAUCCCUGUUGAGAAGUUCAAAUGGAGUUGACAAAAUCUCAGCCUCCUUAAAAAGCCCUCAAGAGCCUCACCAUCAUUAUUCAGCCAUUGAAAGGAAUAAUUUAAUGAGGCUUUCUCAGACUAUACCAUUUACACCAAUCCAACUGUUUGCAGGAGAAGAGGUAACUGUCUACAGGCUGGAGGAGAGUUCCCCUUUGAAUCUUGGGAAAAGCAUGUCUUCUUGGUCCCAGCGAGGGAGAGCCGCAAUGAUCCAGGUGCUGUCCCGAGAGGAGAUGGGCGGCGGGCUCCGCAAAGCCAUGAGGGUCGUCAGCACCUGGUCCGAGGAUGAUGUUCUCCGGCCAGGGCAGGUUUUCAUCGUGAAGUCCUUUCUACCUGAGGUUGUGCGGUCAUGGCACAGAAUCUUCCAGGAGAGUACUGUGCUUCAUCUUUGCCUCAGGGAAAUUCAACAACAAAGAGCUGCUCAAAAGCUUAUCUAUACUUUCAACCAAGUGAAACCACAAACCAUUCCCUACACGCCAAGGUUUCUGGAAGUUUUCUUAAUCUACUGCCAUUCGGCUAACCAGUGGUUGACCAUUGAGAAGUAUAUGACGGGAGAGUUCCGGAAGUACAACAAUAACAAUGGUGAUGAAAUUGCCCCCAGCAACACAUUGGAGGAGCUGUUGUUGGCUUUCUCUCACUGGACCUAUGAGUAUACCCGGGGAGAGCUGCUGGUUUUAGAUCUGCAAGGUGUUGGGGAAAAUUUGACUGAUCCAUCUGUUAUAAAACCUGAAGACAAACAAUCAAGAGGAAUGGUGUUUGGACCAGCCAAUUUAGGGGAAGAUGCAAUUAGAAACUUCAUUGCAAAACAUCGUUGCAACUCCUGCUGCCGGAAGCUCAAACUCCCGGAUUUAAAAAGAAAUGACUAUUCCCCUGGAAGGCUAAAUUCCACUUUUGGACUUGAUACCAAAAUAGAACCAGCCGAGGGGCCUCCGGCAAGGGAAGGGGGUGGGAAUUCUCCAGAAGACCUCACACGACUGUGAAAAAGGGGAAGGAGAGCCAAGAGGACACCAGUACUUGCCCUCCCUUCGGUGGACUCUGUGGGAACAAAGACCGACCGGAGUAACAUCCAUGACACCGGAGCCUCUGUCAGGACGGCCUUACCCCGCGGCCCUCCUUGAGACGUGCCUUCCGAGCCUCAAGUGUUGUCCUGCCUCAAGACCUCAUUGGUGUAGAUGGCUGGGCUCCCCCGGAUGCUGCCCUGUGUGUGCCGUGCUUUGCACGUGUUCAUCCUCCUGUAGUUGGGAAGGAAGACACUCGGACGAGCCCCUGGGGAUGCUGCUCCUUCGUACCUCAUUGCUUUAGCCGGUUGCUUAGAACCCUUGGAGCAGGACGGUGGGCACUGAAGGACCAGGGAGAUGAACUUAAUUUAUUUCCUCGCUGCACUGUGUAUGCCGACUCCAGCCCCCACCACGAUUCAUUACCUCACCCACACGUUGUGUUUCUGCAGGGACACGCACAUUAAAAAGGCAUUUGACUUCUCCUCUCUCCUUUCCUGAAGCGUAGGGCUUUAAAGAGCAACCACAAGGAAAACGGUGGAAUGGGUGUAUUUGCAUAGACUGGAGCACACUCCCGCGCAGUCUCACCGGUUAAAAAAGUUAGGAUCCUGGUGAAAUCUAGAUGGGGCUGAGGUUUUGUCAGUGAAUCACACGAUGCCUGGACACUUCAGUUUCCUCUGAAAGUAAGGAAAAGGGAAAUCUGAAACAAAU